UACCAUAUACCCUUACAUUGUGCCUAUUAAGUAGGAGCACACCAACCCAAGCCCUUUAUUUUUGAAAAAGUUCGUUUUAUUGAUGCUUACAUUUAAUACUAAAAUUUUAUGACUUAAAAAAUACUAGCCACAUGAAGCAUUAUCAAUAGCAUUACUUUUGUGUUCGAGUCAGAGAUUCGACCAGGUCUGAUCUGUGGCAUUCUCCUUGAUCACGCUCCAAGUCUCUUUUCUGGAUUUCCACUAUUUCCUGGCUCUACUUCUCUCUUCCUUCUCCUGCUGUUGUCAUUUAGACUCUCAUCCUUCAUCUCCAAUUAAAAAAAAGGAAGGGGUGUCUCCUAACGGUUUUUUAUCCAUCCAUGAGAUUUAAAAGGAAUUUUCUAAAACGCAAAUCUUUGGGAUGACUUUCAGUUGCCCACAGAAUAAAGCCCUGACACUUGUACUUCCUAGCUAAGUCCCUGAGAAGACCAGGUUCAUCUCUUUAUUUCUGGGCAUUAUCCAUCUUGCACCUACAGUCCAAGCAAUAUGCUACCACUUGUAGUAAAUACACACCAGGGCAUGUGGAGUUUUGUCUGGCGGGAAGAACAAAUGACUAGGACAUUUAUAAUGAAUCAUGAAAGCAAGAGUUGACACCAGAAAGCGCUAGAAUAGGAUGCCUCGAGCUUGCCGUCAAAGCACACAUUUUUCCAGGGCUAAGUAGAUCACAUUUUAGUGAUCUGUGGAUCACCUCACCAACAGAAUAGUUCAGACUACCUAAUUCCAGUCUCUUCUUGCCUUACAGCAUUUCACAUCACAACGACUUGUGGUUUUAAUUCUCAGUUUUUCUGCUUCUGAAUUCGCCUCGGCCUGGGAAGAGGGCUGGAGAACUCUCCUCACCGCUCAAGAUUCACUCUUCACUCUAGACGUGCUGCGUCUGGGAGACUUUUCUCUCCGGCCGCGCCCGCCGCGCCUCCCCACACUGCGCUUCUGCAGCCUGGUGGCUUUACGUCCCGGCGCGGCCGGCAGGGUGGCAGCGGGCCGUUACUCACCGCUCCCGCGGCCGCGGCGAAGUCCUGCACCAGGGCCGGCGCACAGUGGGAGCUCAGCCCCCAGGCCCGGAGGGAAAGGGCCGCCUCCGAUCACGUGACCCGCCGAUUGUCACGUGGGCGCCGGCUCACCUGACCAGGGUCUCACGUGGCCCAGCCGGCUGGGAGGAGGUGACCGGCGGGCCAUGGCAGGCUCCAGACUUUGGUUUUCGCUGCUGCUGGCGGCAGCGUUCGCGGAGCGGGUGACGGCCCUCUGGCCCUGGCCUCAGUACAUCCAGACCUCCGGCCGCCGCUAUGUCCUCUAUCCCAACAACUUCCAGUUCCAGUACCAUCCCAGUUCGGCCGCGCAGCCCGGCUGCUCCGUCCUCGAUGAGGCCUUCCAACGCUACCGCGACCUGCUCUUCGGUUCCGGGUCGUGGCCUCACUUAACAGGAAAACGACAUGCACUGGCGAAGAAAAUAUUGGUUGUCUCUGUGGUCACAGCAGGAUGUAACCAUUUUCCUACUCUGGAGUCAGCAGAGAAUUAUACCCUGACCAUAAAUGAUGACGAAUGUUUACUCCUCUCUCAGACUGCCUGGGGGGCUCUCCGAGGUCUGGAGACUUUUAGCCAGCUUGUUUGGAAAUCUGCUGAGGGCACGUUCUAUAUCAACAAGACUGAGAUUGAGGACUUCCCCCGCUUCCCUCACCGGGGCUUGCUGUUGGAUACAUCGCGCCAUUACCUGCCCCUUUCUAUCAUCCUGGACACUCUGGAUGUCAUGGCGUAUAACAAAUUGAAUGUGUUUCACUGGCAUCUGGUUGAUGACCCUUCCUUCCCAUAUGAGAGCUUCACUUUUCCAGAGCUCACCAGAAAGGGCUCCUACAACCCUGUCACCCACAUCUACACAUCACAGGAUGUGAAGGAGGUAAUUGAAUACGCGCGGCUUCGGGGUAUCCGUGUGCUGGCAGAGUUUGACACUCCUGGCCAUACUUUGUCUUGGGGACCAGGUAUCCCUGGAUUACUGACUCCUUGUUACUCUGGGUCUCAGCCCUCUGGCACCUUUGGACCUGUGAAUCCCAGUCUCAACAAUACUUAUGAAUUCAUGAGCACAUUUUUCUUGGAGGUCAGCUCUGUCUUCCCGGAUUUUUAUCUUCACCUGGGAGGAGAUGAGGUUGAUUUCACCUGCUGGAAGUCCAACCCAGAUAUCCAGGACUUUAUGAAGAAGAAAGGCUUUGGUGAAGACUUCAAGCAGCUGGAGUCCUACUACAUCCAGACACUGCUGGACAUUGUCUCUUCUUAUGACAAGGGCUAUGUGGUGUGGCAGGAGGUGUUUGAUAAUAAAGUAAAGGUUCGACCAGACACGAUCAUACAGGUAUGGCGAGAAGAGGUACCAGUGAGCUACAUGAAGGAGCUGGAACUGAUCACCAAGGCCGGCUUCCGGGCCCUACUCUCUGCCCCCUGGUACCUGAACCGUAUAUCUUAUGGCCCUGACUGGAAGGAUUUCUACCUAGUGGAACCCCUAGAAUUUGAAGGUACCCGUAAGCAGAAAGCUCUGGUGAUUGGUGGAGAGGCCUGCAUGUGGGGAGAGUAUGUGGACAGCACAAACCUGGUCCCCAGGCUCUGGCCCAGAGCAGGGGCUGUUGCUGAGAGGCUAUGGAGCAACAAGUUAAUCUCGGACGUGAAAUUUGCCUAUAGACGUUUGUCACGCUUCCGCUGUGAGUUGCUGAGGCGAGGUGUCCAGGCCCAGCCCCUCAAUGUAGGCUACUGUGAGCAAGAGUUUGAACAGGACUGAGCCAGCAGCCCCUGGCACCGAGGAAGGUGCUGGCCCUAGGAGAGGUAGUCGGGCCAGGCUUCCACUGCAUCCUGGCCGGGGACGGAGCCCCUUGCCCACGUGCCCUUGUGCCUGGAGAGAAGGGGGCUGGUGCUGGCACGGGUGUCCAAUAAAGAGUGGAUGUGGCAUGUUUUAUAAUAAAUAUGGACUAUCUGUGU